AUGUCCUCCUCACCAGAGCACCAGAUUGCGAACGGCAAGCUGACCCCAGAGUCACUUACUCCAGUCCCUCAAUUUAACUGGGUGUUCUUAAUUGAACUGAUUGUGAGCGGAGUUCUGACUCUUUUCUUUCUUUUCUAUUUUAACCGUCUAUUUGCGACCCUCGUAUCGUACGGAGUUCGUGCCUAUACCUGGCAUUACUAUCGGGUCUACAUUGACAUACAUGCACUUCAAAUUUCGCUACUGGCUGGACGAAUAUUUUUCAAGGGGAUACGGUAUCAUGGCGAAAAUGAAACAAUCCUUGUCCAGACCGGCUACAUAACCUGGCGGUUCUGGUCUCGGCCAGUGCCACCGGGAAAUACGUUUCACCAGGAGCGCAAAGCUCGACACCCAGCAAGCGAACAGGAUGGGGACAAACAUGCUGGUACCGAGAAUAAGAAAAAACAAUCCCCCCGGAUUGAAGUCACCAUCAACGGCCUGGAAUGGUUUGUGUAUAACAGGAGCCCUGCCUAUGAUUCGAUUCUUGCUGGGUUCGGAUUGGUGCCGCCUGCUAACGGGGGGAGCGAUUCCUCUGCUACACGGGAUGGAGGAACAUCACUGCCGGAUGCCAGCAAUGGCGAUAUCGAUGAUGAGGCCGCUGCUUCCAGCCCAUCUGAACCUUUAACCCCUUCUUCCAAAAAGGAUGUCAACUCACAGAGGCAAAAGGGAUUAUCGAGUAAUAAUGGAAAUGUCGGGGGCUCCUCUAUACUUCAGAAUGUGGAGCAGAGAUCAGGGCCUCAGAUUCUAUCAUUAUUUCCGAUAUCUAUGGAUUGUUAUAGAGGAGCACUGGCGCUGGGCAACGAGAACACAAAAACCAUACUCACUUUGACCUUUGAUAAGGCCGUCGGGAAAAUCGAUGCAGGGCAUUCUGGUCCUCUUGACGUUUAUAAACAAAUAUUUGAAUAUGACCUCUCCCACCCCAUUGUACAGAUGAAGCCAAAUCCGGAUUACAAACAGUCACAAUUGGCCGCUGCGAGCUCGAUAGAAGCUACAAACGAGGAGUCUAAAAACCGUGGCUAUAUGUACAGCUUGCAUCGACGGUAUCGAGAUCACAGGCGCAGGGUAUGGAAUAGCGUCUGCGAUUUAAUUCCUUACUUUCAAAGCUCAGUGGAAUCGUUUCAUCCUAGACAUGAUCAAAGAAACCGACCUGCUUCUGGAGCGGUCCAUCAAGAUGGCUGGUUAGGUCUUACACGUUAUCUCGAUGAGGAAGAGCAAGACGAACAUGAAGGGUGGAGCUCAGUUGAGUAUGGGCGCUUCUCAACGUUGCUAGACUCUCCCAGUGUCUAUUUCCGCUAUUAUUGGGAUAUUGGGGGCCCCGUAGCAAUCUCCAAGACCGGUCCUGAACCUCCCGAUAAGUCAACUCCUUAUAAUAUUAAUGGUGCAGAGCCCCCCGAAUGGGGAAUGGACAUAACCAUACGUGGUGGGCUGCUUAACUAUGGGCCAUGGGCAGAUCGUGAACGCAUCAAUCUCCAAAGUGUGUUUAUCCCAAAUUCAUACCGGGAUUCGCAAGUUACGCCCAUACUAAAACCUGGAGAAAUGAGACAAAGUACUGCCUUCGUUUUGAACAUCCUUAUUGAUGAGACUACAACGCUUCGUAUACCCACAAGAGAGUCAUCAAAGGACUGGCAAUGGAAAGGGCGUGCGGACCAGUCGCGAGGGAUGUCUCGAGCGAAAAAAAAAGACAAGGAUCGUUCUCGGGGGAAUGAAGCUGAUAAGGCAGGAACUCAAGGGCCUGAUAUCAGACCGUUCGGCUGGUUAUCCCUUAGGGUAGAUCGGGGUUCGACUAUUGUUUAUUCGAUGGCAAUGUUUGCGAGUAACCAUGGAUAUUGCAACAAAGUGGACAUUGACCUACGACAUACGAAGAUGUCCUCCAGUGUGAAUCAUGGCAUAUUGUGGCAAAGUGACCGUCAGGUCAUCUCCUGUGAUCUCUCGAAUCCUCUGCAGUGGAACAGCUUGCACAACUGGUCUGUUGAUGUAGAGAGCACCAAACUGGAACUCUUUUUACUUUGGGAUCAUCUGAUUUUACUCACAGACCUCAUUUCUGACUGGACCUCGGGGCCUUUCCAGGAGUUUUAUACGUUCGUUCCGAUCAAAUACCACCUUUCUUUCGCCUUCCUUGAUUUCAAGCUCUUGAUAAACGUGAAUGAUUUGAACAUCAUAAAUAAUCCAUCCGACCUCGAUGAUAACUCAUUCCUGAUCAUCGAAGGAGAGAUAUUAAUUGCCCGAGUAGAGAUCCCAAUUGUUUAUCAUAAAGCAAACCGUAACGUUGCUAAGUUUGACAUCCAAGGCUCAAACGGCGACUUGAGGCUCUCAACCCCUCUGUGGAACACGCAGCGUACGUUCUUGGAUGAUCGACCUGUUGGUGGACUGGAUACUCUUAAAAUUGACGGGAGUUAUUCAUGGUAUAGCUUGACAUCGCCGAAAGUAACAGAUGUUGCAAUCAUCAACUUAUCUGGCAGCGCACCAUACCUCUACCUCUACGGAUUUAUACUGAAAAAUUUCCUUGAUGUCAACGAGAAUUACUUUGGCAGAACUAUUCAUUUCAAGACGUUUGAUGAACAUAGAGCUGCAGUUGAUUCUGGGGCCGCUCAGGGGCACAGUGGCUCUAACCCGGCACCUGUCACCAAUGGCCUAGACGUCAUUCUUCACAUUGCCGCGGAUGAUUUAAAAGUUCUUCUUCCUGCUGGUUUAUACGAUAGGAAUGAGAACCUCGCAUUGAAGGCAGCAUCUCUAAACCUAGAUGUGAGGUUUACGAACUAUUACAUGGAUUUCCACUCCUCGCUAUCGCCUGUGGAAAUCUCAGUAUUAUCAGAAAAUCCAGGCGCUCCCCCCGUUAGGACCGGUCCUCAACUCUAUAUAAACGGCCUAGCGAUCUUUGGCCAUAGGCUUUUUGGGCUUCCACCAACUGAGCCUACAUAUGCCUGCAAUUGGGACUUUCAAGUGGGAUCUAUAGUUGGCGAAUGCUCUCCCUCGUUCGUGAAAUCUGCUAAGUCAGCUUUUGAAUCCUUAGCUUUCUCAUUUGAUGAUGAUGAAAAUGCCUUACCUCCCUUACAGACUGGGGUCUAUGAUGUUACUUUCUUGCGCGCGAAUGUGAAGGCCAUAAAGGUGUGGGUAUUGGCAGAAGAGACAGCGUUCCUAUUCAGUACAGGGACUAUUGAUGUCGAAUUUAAUGACAGAUGUGGUUUAAAAAUGUCCCUAUUCGUCAACUUGACUGUUCCCGACGUGGUUGUCGCAAUUGUGGACCGCAAAUCAGCACGCUCUCAGGCUAUAUCUCGAAAGCCGGUCAAGACCUACGCCUGCUUCCAAACAGCUCUGAAGCUCAAUACGUUGGGGAAGAGGGAAGACUUUGAGCAUUAUCGCUCCCUACAGCAAAAUCAUAUCAGAAAGCAUGACUCGCGAACCCACCGUACACCAUGGCUUCUCUUUGACGAACUUGAUAUUCCCACUGAGGACGAGGCAUUUCCACACUUUAUUCCUCCUACCAUGCCUGUUCCCUCUAUGCCCGAACCUGUCCGGUUCCCAAAAACCCCUAGACGUAGUCCGUAUUAUCAGACUCCGCAUCAAUCUCCAUUGAAGGGGCUUUCUGACUUGAUUACUAUUCCCUUGUCAUCUAGCACAAACCCUACACCUGAUCAGUAUAUACCCAGAGGUCGCCUUGUUCGACCUACCUCUACCACAUGGGCUAUGCCGCAAUUCCAUUUCUAUCACAUUGAGCCUGAUAAAACGAAUGUUCCACCUAUGCCGUCAAGUUCUGAGUUUGUUAUCGGCCAAAAACAAGCCUUGGAAGCUGGUUUUGGCCGCUCUGACGCCUAUGACAGCCUCAAGGGAGCCCAGGCCUGUAUUAUUUGCACAUUAGAGCCUGGCUUGACUGGCUUUUGCUCAACGGAAGCAGUGCAUGCCUUAUCUUCUCUCCUAGAGUCAAUUCAGCCCCGUAAUCCUAUAGAGAUUCUCGACUCAUUCCAGGCGAAGCUGACAAGUGCGGCACUUCGAGCGCAAAAGUCUGCCAAUAAGGAAGUACGGAAUAUUUCUACCUUCUCUUUAGAGCUUCCUCUAUGUCGUAUUCGACUUCUCAACCCCCUCCUAGAACCGAAUGACCCAACAGGUUCCGUCAGGGACCAAUACUAUAUCGAUCUCCUACAUGCUCGCGCUCUUAUUCAUGAAAAAGCUAUCCUAGAUGCUAACAUUUCUAUGAAACCCAAAAAAUCACUUACGACACAUAUAACAGUACGCUCCAUAUCUAUCUCUGCUCAGGAAGAAAACAUAGACGCUGCCACGGAACUAAGCUUAUGCGUAUGCAAAAUAUCCGAUGUAUCCUUCCUGUUUCUUGAGGAUAAAGAUAUAAAGUCUCGCCUUCAGAUACAAAAUAUCCGCAUAAUGUCAUCCAAUGAGUCUGUUGCAAAAUUCGGCCUUCUGCUGGACCGAACGAAUAAGGUGGUUGGCUCCAUUUCAGCCGCCUUCCAACAAAUUUUUGAGGCUCACGAGAACCGUCUCCUCUAUCUCGUUCAUUAUCUCGCAAAUGCAGGUGCAAAUAUGCCUGAACCGCAAUUUAUGACACGUCUAUCCUAUGCCCUCAGGGUCACAAAGCCACACCUAAGGCUUGAGGAUGCUUGGAAGAUCAUAUCGCGGCUUCGUAAUAUAUACAAAUCAAUCACAACAGAAGAACAGGAAAAACUGCGAACGGAUUGUCAGAAUGACCGAGUUUCCUACCCGGCAGAUGUUAAAGACGUUAUUCUUUCGGUUUUCGAGACCUGGCGCUCCUGGGAACUGACCCCAAUUAAGAAAAGCCUCAUCGUCAAGGCCCUAUGGGGCGAGGAUGAUGAUGUAGCCAGUAGGACAGCUGAUCAUCCUAAGGAGAUUGAUGCCGCGGUUUUCUUGCGAUCAACUCAUGUCUCACUCGGCCCGGGUCCGCGAGAGAACAGUUUUCACCUCGAAAGUAUGUCAACUACAAUCCGUUUUGGGGCUAAAACCCGGGAUUCUUCGCCUAGUCUAAAGACAAAGCUAUUGGUUGUACAAAACCAUUGUUCAAACGUAUCCUUACAGUUGAACUGGGAACUAUGCGAAGUCUUAGAGCGGGUUUUAUCAAGCGAUCUUAACUUCGCCUUCAUGUCAAGCGCCUCUCAAAGUGAGCCAAUGAAUCAAUCUGGUGAUGCACCCAAAGGUGAGCAUGAGGUCCAUGUUAUUUUCGUAGCGGAGAAAGGUUCUGCAAGACUGGAUGGAAUCAACCUGAGGCUUGCCUUGCUAGGGAAUGCAUUAAAAGCAUCCAUAAUCCAUCGGUCAAACCCAGCGUUGACAGAAGAGACUAUAAGCGUGAUGUUGGCAUCCAAAAUGUCCUCGGCUCAUGUCAUCAGCUACUCAAACCCUCUUAUGGAAUGGAAGUUUCAUAAUCCAAACAUUUUUCUGUCACGCCAUUCGCAAGAACGGGAUCAACAUAUCGAGCAUGACUGGAAAUGUGCCGCAACCUGCGAAAAACUAAGAUAUGAGGUGACUGAAAACCCACUGGGACUCAUCCAUGUGGCUGACCGUGUGGUUGAGGAUGAACUGAAACAGGUUCUCGGGGUGAUUGGUUCUUCUGUCGAUACAUAUUCAGAGAUGGGCUCUUCGAUACAAUCCAAGCAAGAGAUUCAUCAUUUUCAUGUUGCAACUUUUCUCGACGAUUACCAAAUCUGCAUCGCGCUACUUCCAACAGUCGAAUAUACCAUUGGAGGAGAUGUAGCACGACUAUCAGUUACACCUCUUGGUCGGAUGAAAUUCGAGGUUGAUUACGAUAUCAAAAAUAACCUCCACACAAUUCAGUCAAGUAAGGAUGGGAACCUACGCAUCCUAUCUUCAAUGGCAAUCCCUCCUAUCAAUGGGAGAGUACGGCUGGAUAUGACACAUGAUCCAGUUUUCGUAGAUAUAGACACUACUAUUGAAAUUGUGGAUGUUGAUGCAAGUGCUAUACAAAAUAUUCUCGGUGCCAUAAAUGGACCUGAAAUAUCACACUUUAUUGAAGAUUUAACUCAUGACGGAAAUAUGCUCAAGACACACCUUAACCAGGUUUUAUCAAGUGGUAAAACCGCGCAGCCAGUGAAAAUGAAUAUCCAAAAGCCAGGAAUUGUGUAUCAAGUACGGCUUACCUUUGCUGGAAUCAGGACUCAUGCUACUUCUCCUGGUUUAAGGACAAAAGAUCACUCCGCAGAUAUGUCUCUUGAAUUCAGGACUAUUCAAGUACAUAUGGAAAACUCCGCUGUCAAGGGGAUCCGAAACACACAGCCAGAGUUUCAUAUAUACAUGUCCCAAAUUGGUAUCAGUGUUAAGAAGAAAGGCAUAUAUGAGACCAUUUCCCAUGGAAAAGUUGCCCUUGGUGCCCGAGUUAGCGGGUCACUGAAAGAUUUGCCUGAUGGACAGGUCAUGCGACUGUUCCAUCUAACAAGCUCAGGAUUAGAGGUUGAAAUAUCUGCCGAAACGGCUUCUCUUGUAGUCGACAUUGUCGCUCAUUUGCAGGAAACCAUCAAGACUAUCGACAUAUCUCAAGAUAUUGCGCAUUUAAGAAAAAUUCGCAAGAUCUCGUUCCCGCGGAGAAAGAAGAAAGAAGUAGCGCAUACCGCCACUACUACCACUAGCCCUACCGCUGGCGAAGAGGGCAACCGAGAUACCCUUGCAUUUUUGGAUGCAACUUAUUCUGUACAGCUGUCCAAUAUUCAAGUUAGCUGGCUAGUGUUAGAUAAUUCUUCCUAUCAUGGUGCUGGCAUGGAAGACCUUGUCUUCUCUAUCAGCAAGGUUGAGCUUGCGACAAAGAAAACUAACGCUGCAAGAUUGCGUAUUCAGCACAUGCAGUUGCAGAUGGUGCCUGUCUCCGACGACAAGAGGAAACGAUCCCAAAAUUCCGCCCUACUCCCAGAGGCAGUGUUCAAUGUUUCACUCCUGUCUGUUAAUUCCAAGUGGAAGUUGGCAUUGCAUGCUGCUGGGAAAGCGCUUGAUCUACGAACCACAUCAGACUUUAUCAUUCCGGCCAGUUUGCUGCAAAACUCAUUGGCAUCCGCCGUUGAAAAAGUUCGUGAGGCUAAAUCAUUAUGGACCACUGAAUUCAUCGAAAAUCCUAACGUAACGAAGGAGUCCCUUGGGUUCAAGCAACUCGACUCACUCUUGGUUGAUGCGGAUUUUGCUGGAGCGAUAGUCACUCUUCAAGGAAGGUAUAGUGCUGGCGAGUCCGCUCCUACCGCGCCAAGCAACAGGAACAGCACAGGAUCAAACGACCUAAGAUAUGGACAAGCCUGGUCGGGUGACUCAGUGUCCACAGCAACUCUUCGAGCUCCCGGGGUUGCAUUGAAGGUUCGAUAUGAGAGCUCAGAAGCAGAUACCCCGAUUCUUGAAGCAGAAAUGAAAGUUGACGGAUCUUCCAAUGUACUUCAUCCGAGUGUAGUGCCGCUUCUUACACAGAUUUCAUCAAGUAUACAGGAUGUCGUUGGAAGGCAAGAAAAGAGGGAUGAACGUGUUGAGGUGGCACAGGCUAACAAGUCUCAAGAUAUAUCCAUGGACCCAACAACUAUACUUGGGAGUUGUAAGCUGAGCAUUGGGCUCUGGAUCCGCAAACAGGAAUUCACCUUAAGCUGCCAACCAAUUGCACGAGUAGCAGCUACAGCCGGCUUCGAAGAUGUCAAUAUCACGAUUAACACGGUGCAGUCGGAAGAGCAGCGACGAUUCUUUGCGGUGUUGGUGGCCUUUGAUAAGUUACAAGCAUCUGUGAAGCAUGUUUAUUCCAAUGAAUCUACCGCGAGCUUUGAGGUGGACUCUAUUGUGGUAUCAAUGAUGAACAGCAAACAUGUCAGUUCUAGCAGCGGUAUUUCUGCUAUUCUCAAGAUCAGCCCAACAAGGCUGCAGAUGAAUGCAAAACAAGCCCAGGAUUUCCUCCUUUUCCGUGAAAUCUGGACACCCCAAGAUGACCAGCCUAAGCGGCCAGCCCCUACACAUGAAGCGUCCCCAGAAAUCCAAGCAUAUAUGGUUCAAAGAUACCAGCAAAUGGCCGCCACCGGCGCAUUCCCUUGGAACUCAACGCUGGCGAUAGAGUCACUGGACAUACAACUUGACCUGGGACAAACAAUAGGGAAGUCAGAUUUCACAAUAAAAAACCUCUGGAUAUCAUCGAAGAAGACAUCUGAUUGGGAGCAAAACCUGUGUAUUGGCUUUGAAACUGUUGGAAUCAAAAGCCGCGGGCGACUGAGCGGGUUUGUGGAACUUUCAAAGUUCAAGGUACGCACGUCCAUCGAAUGGCCAGACGGUGUGAUCUCGACCGGUCAGACUCCUCUCAUUCAGGCAGCGGUCGGAAUCGGCAAGCUGCAGGCUGAGGCAUCGUUUGAAUACCUACCCUUUUUCGCUGCAGACGUGAACUCUUUCGAGUUUUUCAUGUAUAAUGUCCGAGACGACGACGGAAAGAGUAAUGACCGCCUUGUCAGUGUUCUCGAAGGCGAUAAACUACACGUGUUCUGCACUACUAUGACGGCCGCACAGGGAUUGGGUCUAUAUCAAACAUUACAACGGUUGAUACAAGAGAAGAAAGCUGCGUAUCAAACAUCCCUGAGGGAGAUAGAAAACGCUCUACAUCGGAAAACACUUUCACCUGGAGAGCUCCCAGAGGAGUCUGCGACGAUACCGGCCGUGAAGAGUGAUAAGAGCGAUAUAAACUUACCGAUAUCUCUCCAGACAAGCGUUGUGGUCAACCUACGGGCUAUCAGAGUUGGAGCGUUCCCCAACAACUUCCACGACAAUCAGCUCUUCAAACUGGAGGCUCUUGACGCUGAGGCACGGUUCUCAGUUGUGAUCGAAGAUGGCAAGACACACACCGGCCUUGGAAUGACGCUUGGACAGCUCCGCGUUGCGCUGGCUAGCGUGAACAGCCCGGGGCCGCCUGCAACAAGCGACAUAACGGUGGACGAGAUCGUCAGCCGCGCAACCGGUUCUCGAGGAGGAACCAUCCUGAACGUUCCCCGGGUGGUUGCGACGAUGGAAACCUGGCAGGUGCCGGCGUCCAACCAUAUCGACUAUAUCUUCAAGAGCUCGUUCGAGGGCAAAGUCGACGUUGGCUGGAACUACUCCCGCAUUGCCUUUAUCAGAGGCAUGUGGAGCACCCAUUCUCGCGCCCUCGCGACCCGACUGGGCAAGCCACUCCCCCAGGCCGCCGUCCAGAUCACAGGCGGACCAAAGGCAGAAGGCGAGGAGGGCGAGUAUAACGGGCAAGAGAAGAUCACCGCCGUCGUGAACGUCCCUCAGUCGCGGUAUACGUACACUCCGAUAGAACCAGCCGUCAUCGAGACGCCCCAGCUUCGAGACAUGGGAGAGGCCACGCCACCGUUGGAAUGGAUUGGGUUGCAGCGUGAUCGGCUGCCUAACAUCACCCAUCAGAUCAUCAUCGUCACUCUGAUGGAGAUUGCAAAGGACGUGGAGGAUGCAUAUUCGAAGAUUCUCGGUUCGUCAUGA